AUGGUUGUCAAAAGAACUACAACAGCAGGUAAAAUGACGAUACUAGUGACGGGCGCAUCGUGUGUUUUGAUCUACAACUAUUACACUAGCAGUGUUGUUAGCUGGCUGCUCAGUGGUCCGCCGCCGUCUAUCAACUCCUUAAGGGAACUUCUCGAGAGUCCACUCGAACUGAUUUUCGAAGAUAUUGGAUAUACGCGUUCUUGGUUGCAGAUGCCAGAUUACUACUAUAACAAGAGGAACGCGAAAGUAGAAAAUGAAUUGAGACAAAAGAAAGUUUUCAAUAAAAAGAAAGGAGCGCCUUUGUUAGUGCCAAUAGGCAGGGGGAUCGAAAUGGUUAAAGCAGGAGGGUAUGCAUAUCAUACAGAAGUUGACAGCGCCAAUAAUGUAAUAUCGCGUACAUUCACCCAGAACGAGCUAUGUGAACUGGGAUCAUUGCAGUCGAUGGAAGAGACUCACUUGUACGCUUGUUUACAAAAGGACAGUCCGUACAAGGAGUUUUUCGCUUGGAGCCUGCUUCGUCUCCUCGAACGCGGUAUAAUCUCGUGCAUUCAAAAGCGCACGAAAGCAACAGAUGUCUCUUGCGAAGGUAGCUCCCCAAGGCCCCUCGCGCUCGGUGGCGCUGCUCCCGCCUUCAUUUUGUUGUUUGCUGGAUUCGUUUUGAGUCUCGCCGUGAUGGUAAUAGAGCGG